AGCAUCUGCAGAAAAAACCUGUUUGUAUCUGUAGAUUUUUGUUUCUUCCUUUUGGGUGUUUUCUUUUUUCCAACGCAGUUCCCUUUUAUGGUUCUGGUUGCCGUCCAGUACUCACAAUUGUUAGUUGUAUUUGCAGAGUUCUGUUGUUCAGUGCAGUGUUUUCAGCGUUCUUGCAUUGACAAAGAUGCUUAUCUUAAGGAACUGCUCUCUCCGGCAAAAUCUUCCAUUCUGACAAAAAUGUACUCUCCAUGAUGGAUAUCGUCUAUCCAAUUAUGUUCAAUUAGUCAUGGCACCAUGAAAGUGGUUCAGAAAUGGCAAAAGGGGACGUCUGAAACUGUGAAACAUUCUAUUUCUGUUCUAUCAGCUAUGCCCGUAGUUUCCCCUCAUGCUCUCAAACACGCCCUCUCUCAGAGAUCGAGUUGUGCAUCUACUUAUGCUAUUUGACUAUCUUGACCAUAGGGUGAUGAGGUGAUCCCCUCCCUCUCUUUAUGCGUUGUCUCUCUUGCCCAUGGCUGCCUACAACCAAGCAACGCCUUCUUUCUCGCUCCACCAUCUCCCAUCGUCGAUCUUACCAUUCUUCUUGGCUCUCUGCCAUCGAUUUCACUCACGAAGCAUGCAUCUCCCACCUCCGGUCUUGCACCAACUUGUCGGAACUCAACCAAAUCCACAGCCAAAUGAUCAAAUCUGGUCUUUCAGAUGCCCCAUUUUCUACCUUCCUCUGCAACAAUGUCAUUCGAUCCUAUGUUAGGCUUGGCGCUCCUCGGCUCGCGUUCUCCACAUUCAUUCGGAUGAAUCAUGUAGGUGUAUCGCCAGAUAAUUAUACUUUCCCGGCCAUUCUGAAGGCAACCACACAGAUUUUUGCUCUACGGGAGGGCCGAGCAAUCCAUGGAGUCGCAAUGAAAAUUGGGUUGGACACAGAUGUGUUCGUUGAGAGCGGGUUGAUUCAUUUGUAUGCAAAGUUUGGCGAGUUCGAUGAUGCGCACCAAGUAUUUGAUGAAAGUCCUCAUAGAAAAUUGGGGUCCUGGAAUGCCAUAAUUUCUGGAUUUGUGCAAGGUGGUCGCAGCCAUGAGGCUCUGUCGAUGUUCUUCGAGCUCGGAAGGUCAGGAUUGGUGCCAGACGAUGUCACCAUUGUGAGCGUUGUGCCAGCCUGUGCGAGCUUGGGCGAUUUGGACCUAGCCUCUCAAAUCCAUGGUUGUGCAGUAAAACUGUGCCUUACCGAGUCUGAAGUCUUGACUCAGAAUGCGUUGGUGGAUAUGUAUGGGAAAUGUGGUCGAAUGGAUCUUGCUAGGAAGAUGUUCGAUGAAAUGCCCCAAAGAAAUGUCUCAUCAUGGACUUCUAUGAUAGUUGGCCUAGCAGUAAAUGGUCUUGCAACUGAUGCCUUAAGGUGUUUUGAGCAAAUGCUGAUUGCAGGUGUGAGGCCAAACCAUGUAACAUUUGUAGGUGUUUUGAGUGCCUGUGUUCAUGCUGGUUUGGUGGAUGAGGGACUGAACUACUUUGAUGAAAUGGUGCAUGGACAUAAGAUGGUGCCGAUGAUGCAACAUUAUGGAUGCAUGGUUGAUCUUCUUGGCCGAGCUGGGCGGUUACAGGAGGCAAAGGAGAUGAUAGAAAGCAUGCCCAUGAAGCCGAAUGUUGUCAUAUGGGGUGCUUUACUUGGUGCUUGUGAGAAGCACACAAGCGUGGACAUUGGGGAAUGGGUAGCCAGACAUUUGCUGGAAUUGGAGCCGGAUAGUGAUGGGGUGUAUGUUGUUCUGUCAAAUAUUUAUGCUAGUGCAAACAUGUGGGAAGAUGUUCAAAGUACAAGGAGGAAGAUGAAGGAGGGAAGUGUUGCUAAAACCCCUGGUUUUAGUUUAGCAACAAACUCUUCCUAUUAGCGUGCAGAAACAACCAUUCUGUCCAUAAUUUGUACUGAUUCCUUUGAAAGUCUGUCUAGGCAUUUUAUGGCAACUAUGGACUCAUAUUGAACCUAAUGAGGUUGGGAGCAGUGGGGCUAGCUGUAAGCAUCAGUAUGCUUAUGUUUUGUCUCUUUAUAAAAGGUUACACAAGCUUAGGUAUUGCAGCAAGGAGUACUUUUGCAGUUGUCAGUAGAUUUGAAAUAGUUAUGGGCAUCACAUUUUCCUUUUCCUCUUCUUAGUUAUUUUUUUGCCUUGUUAUCCUUUGUCAAGGUAUUACUAUUACCAGCCUGUUCCAGUUUCCUAGUAACAUUUUUGUUGAUACCUUCAUUGGGUAACAAAAUGUAUGUGUUACUUUGUAAUUAAUUAUCUCUCUCACCACAAAUCGAUUUUAUGUAGCAAAUACAUACUUGUUACAAGUGGGGCAAGUGGAUUGGUUUGUCAA